CGUUUAGCAAGGUAGCAGCGGCUAGAAAGAUGCACAGAGCUCGGGCUGUGUACAUUAUAGAGGGGCCUGCAGUAUAGUGUUUGUUUCAUUCACUGCUGUUUCUGCACGACAAGGACGCCAGCAGAAAUGGCCGGAUUAAUCAAAAAGCAGAUUCUGAAACAUUUGUCACGGUUCACGAAGAAUCUGUCCCCUGACAAGAUCAACCUGAGCACGUUGAAGGGGGAGGGGCAGCUUUCCAACCUGGAGCUUGAUGAAGAGGUUCUGCAGAACAUGCUCGACCUGCCUACCUGGCUGGCUGUCACCCGGGUCUACUGCAACAAAGCUGCCAUCAGGAUACAAUGGACAAAGUUGAAAACAAGCCCCAUCUGUCUGUUCUUGGAUAAGGUAGAGGUAGAAAUGCGGACAUGUGAGGAGCCGCGUCCACCCAACGGCCCCUCUCCUAUAGCUAUCACAGCGGGACAGAGCGAGUACGGCUUUGCAGAGAAAGUGGUGGAGGGCAUGUCUGUGAGGAUCAACUCCAUCACCAUCAAGGUGCAGGCUCGUGCCUUCCACGCCUCCUUCGAGCUCUGGCAGUUACAAGGAAACAGCCUGAACCCCAAAUGGCAGAGCAGUGACCUACGAUACACCCGCGUCACCGACCCGAAGAGAGGAGAGGUGCUGACAUUCAAAGAAAUAAACUGGCAGAGUCUACGCAUCGAGGCCGAUGCCAUUGAGAGUAACGACCAGGAUCUCGGUAGCACGCCGCUCCGUCUCAUCACAAACCAGGGACGCAUCCGCAUCGCUCUAAAGCGCAGAAUAAAGGACUGUAACGUGCUGGCGUCCAAGCUGCUCUUCAUUCUGGACGACCUGUUGUGGGUGCUGACGGACUCCCAGCUCAAAGCCAUCAUACAUUACGCAAAAUCUCUGAGCGAGGCCAUGGAGAAGUCCGCCCAGCAGAGGAAGAGCAGGACUGCGGAAUCCCUACAGACUGCUCCUCCUUCUCCUGGCCUGCACAACCUGUGGACAGACACCCCAUCAGCCCCCGCUGGCCCCCCCAGCACCACCAGUCAAUACUUCGAUCUCUACGAUGUAAAGGAGUCUUCUUACCAUACCUUCAUUUCCCGCUUGGACCUACACAUAUGCAACGACAGCUCUUCAUUAGAUGACGAUGAGGCUCCACCACCGGGCUUGCAAGGUGCCAUGCAGCUGACAUUCAGGAAACUGGGCUUUGACUACUAUCCCGUCCAUAGACCGGCUGAUGGAUGUCGGCACUGGGAGCGCUACAGUGGAGCCAUGGAGGCUCAGGCGCAGUGGGCCGGGAAACUCCUGCAGGAGUACCAGAGGAGAGUCCAGGCUUCUGGGAUCCCCGGGCCCAACUCUGAGGGCCCCCAGACGAACAAGGAUUCCCCUGCAAAGACUGUUCGAAAUGGACAGUCCAGCCCUAAGUCGGGAACCUCUCACACUGAGCAGGCAGCAGGCAGGAACUGCGUCACCGCUCCUUCAGGGUCGUCGCUGAAGAGGCUGCGGUCCUGCUGCGUGGUGGUCAGGGUGGAUGACGUGGACAUUCACCAGGUGUCUACAAGAGGCCGUCAAAACAAGAAGACCCGGCCUUUUUUGUCCUGCAACCGUAAAGCUCUGCGUUUACCAGACAACGUUCCAGCAGUUCAUCUGCAGUUCACUGAGUACUACUUUCCUGACAACACCAAUUUUUCAGUGCCCACCUCAAACCUGUAUGCCCAGCUGAACGGCCUGCAGCUCUGUGUGGACCCAGCCAGCGUGCUGUGGAUCAAUCUGUUCUCCAGGGGUCUGCUGCACACCCUGGAUCAGGUCAAAGCUUUCUACCAUUUGCAAGACAGCAACAGGGCAGAAGAACAUGUUGACAUGCGCAUGGAUGCAGCUCAGCUCAAGUUAAUAAUCCCCUUGGACUCUUCCAUAUUGGACCAUCCGGAGCGUCCACAGUCCCUCUCUGUGACUGUCCCCCAGAUGGUCAUCAGCAACACCCGCCUCUGCCCUCACGGCUCUAGAGCUGACCUGAACGGAACCUUUGACAAGUUCUCCAGCUGCCCUUUCUUCCAGCACACUCCUCCCUGCCCUUACCCCAGAGACCAGAGUGCCUUCCACCCCCUCCCCUCCACCUUCCUCCAGCACUCUCAAGACACAGAGCCUCAACCUCUUGACAGGAAGCAGCUACGAUCCCAGGAUGUCUGGUCUCUCAGUAUGUCCCGUGUGACCCUAGGUUUUGACCGCGCCCGGCGAUUCCCCAAAGGCAGAACACAAACUUUUGUUGAACCCUUUGCCCUGUCUGUGUGGAUGUGUCAGCCCUCCGCCUUUAAAAACAAAUUAUCGUCUUCCUCCUCCAGUCCCAGCCUGGCCCACCAGCCUUCUUCAGAGCAGGAGGAUCCUUCACUUGCAUCUGUACACUUCCUUUGCCACACCAUCACUCCAGUAAAGAUGUGGAUCAAUCACUACCAGUAUGUCGCCCUGCUGAGGAUGAAGGACGCCAUGGCUCGGUUGGGGGCGGAGUUAGGCAGGGAUCUACGGGAUGUAAAGCAGGCCCAAGGCAAGAAGACGAAACCUACUACAGUUUGUCUUGCCCUCCUGGUGGACUCGGCAGAAGUGGGUCUCCUGUUGCCACCGGCGUGCACAGAGCCUGAGGAACAAGUCCCCCACACCCCGGAGACAGACAGCGGCAGCAUAACAGACUCUGACAUCUCCCCCACCCAUCACUCUGCGGUGCUGGAGGACAGCGGGUUGGAGAACGGCAUAUCCUCAAUCAACACCCUCUCUGCGUUCGAUCAGGACGAACAAGACGGGGUGGUGGAGGAGGCGUGUGAAGCCGUAGAGGAGGGGGAUGGUUUGACAACAGAUCACAUUCUUUCGCCUCCACUCACACCUGGACACUCCCCCGCACUCUCACGCGAGCCGUCCAACUUUAGCCUGGAGGGAGAGCUGUCGAGCGCCAUCACCGUCACCAAGGAUGCGACCAAAGAUGCCCUGAGUGCCUCGCUGGACCUGACCAAAGGGGCAUUUUCAAUGACAAAGGACGCCUUCAGCAUGCUGAGUCGGGGUUCCGGGAUGAGUAAAUUGUUCAGUCCGCAGGCAAAGGAACAGGUCCAGCGCUCAGAUGAGUCCUCCCCCUCCCUGGCUGCCAGCCUGCGCCGCCAAUCCAUGAAGCAGUCGCCUUCCCAGCAUUCCUUUGAUAGUGCUAUCUUAGAUGGCAGCCUGCCUGACGAAAACCUCUCAGUUGACAGCGAUUUCAGUGAGAAUUUUGUUGUCCUCAUGGACUCAGAAUUUGGGACGGAAUCCAUGCGUCCCAACAACACAGGCAGCCUAGGCAGCCCGGCCCCGGGCACAGAGGGGGGGUCAUCAGCCGACCUCAGCAGCUCUCUGUCUCAAAGUAUAGAGGACGUAUCUCAGGAUAUGUCCUCAGUGUUGCUGCUGGUACUGACCGGUACAGCCUGCACUAUGGAAGUAAAGGGAGAAGACCAAGUUGUGGCUGUAGAGGCCCAGAAUCUGGUCCCGGUGCAGAUGGGCAAUAUCCAGGUAUCAGACCUGCUGGCUGGCCUCGUUCAAGCCCCAGUCUUACCAGCCCAGGAUCGGCCCGGUGUGAGGGGCUCUCCUGUGGUGUGCAUGCGAGCAGAGAUGGGUCCGUCUGCAGCCCGGCACUCAGGUCAGGCCGAGUCUCUGGGCUUCACGGAGAUGAGAGUGCAGAACUGCAAAGUGGAGCUGUUAUCCUCCACGGUGACUAACAUCGGUCCUUUCCUGGAAGAUGAGUUCAGCGCUGAGGGUCAGCCAAUGAAGUUACACAUGAGCAACAUCACAGUCACGUUGAAGGACGAUAGCCCUAAAAUCUACCCUACAGCGCCUCAGCCCGUCCCAGCCUCAUUCAUUGUGGAUCAGCUACUGCUCGAGCGCUGUGAGGAUGGCACGAUGAGACUCAAAGCUGACGGUACAGACCCUAAAGCCUCAGCCUGUGCUCCUGUGGCGGCCCCAAACAGCACAAACUGUUCCUACUCUGUUCAACAGCAAAGCGAGAAACAAGCCCUGGAAUCCCAGCUCUCCGAGGCCCAGACGCUCUCACACGGGCCCUCAGCGAAAGAGAGCAACUCCUUCUGGAAGUCAGGAAGCAUGACCCCGCGUUUGCUCUCUGAGCCUCUCUGUCUGUUUGUCUGUCGCCUCUGAGCCUACUGCUCGUGCUGAGGAACAGUGAUGGGAUGCAUCAGGCUGAAUGUCAAGAACCAGCAACACUCAUUAAAAUCAUGUCUGGAUGUUGGACGUGUUUGAACAGAAGGUAAAGCCAAGUUCUGGCUUUGGAUCACUUCCUAUAUCACAAGAGAUAACAAAAGAGCCUGUAUGACAUACUAAAAGGACAACCUAGUGAACUUACUUAUAGGUAUAUUAAUGGUACUAUUUUCUAAUAUGGCAGUCUAAAUUCCCCUUACUGCUGUAGUGGAGACACAUCAUCCUGGUAAAUUCUCAUCCCAAUCAGUGUGGACAGUCAAGUCAUUGUGUGGUUUCAGUGUUUGUCACACAGCAUGCAAGGGUAAAUAUCACCAAGCUUUAAUUCUCUCCAGUUUAGUAUUUGUGUUUUGGACAUAUUAAGUUGAUCACAUGCCAAAACCUCCUCCUCUUCACAUGCACUGACACUGCCAGACAGCUGCUAGUCCAUGAGUCGCUCCCAUAUACAAAACACAACUUAAUGUCAAGCAUGCUUUGUGAGCCGUGCUAAUUUAGACAGCACAUUAACACAAAACUGUCAUACAACUAAAUAGACUUAGUUAAGUAGAUUACCUCCGUUAGGUGUGAGUUCUUUUUCAUUUGAAAGUAUUAUGACGAUGGUAUCAACUGUUGUAAAUGUGUCGUGGUAGGUAGGAAGAACAAUGCACUUUUUUUUUUUAAAGGGAGCAGAACUACGCUGCUUUCACUGACACACAAAUGCUUCUCUUGCCACCUUGGUUGCUGUCUAUCACCAACAAAGUGGAAUGGUUACACACUAAUGAAGUUUCACUGUUCUUAAAAAGCAGGUUGAACCAUUUCCCAGUGUUAUCUUUCUUUGAGUUGUGUUUAUUUUGUACUGUGAAGCCUCUGAGCUCUCCCUCUGCUGCGGAGAGCGGGGCGCACAGUAGCUCCAGUACUGUAACAGUGUUAGCCUUUUUACUCCAGCACUCUGGUUCAAGAGGUUAUGGAAUAUAACUACAGCUACCAGAGCUAUAAUACUUGAUCUACUUAGAACUCAUUUUGUAGCUUGCCAGGAAACAACUGCUAGUGUUUUCACCUCUGUGCACAUUUCAUGAACUAAUAUAAUUUAUAUUUAUUUAGAUUUGUCAAUGAAUGCUUUUUUCUUAUACCAGAAUUACUUUACAGUGUAUUGAAGCCAUAUCAAUCAAAAAGUUGAGUUUAAGAAAGCUUUGGUACUGGUAAUGUAUACGUUAUGUGAAUGACCAAAUUCAGUACGGAACAUAUAUUUUUUUCUAGGGUUUAAUCCGGAUCUGAAGGAUUGUAUCAGGCAAGUCUUCAAAUGUUAAAAUUUCUGUUUUUCCUUUUUCUUUGCAACAAAUCUGUUGUACGCCUGGAUUCAAACCUUGAUGAACUUGUUCAUCAAUAAGACUUUAAAAGUACAACACUCAGUGUAUGAAUGCUUUUAUGUUGGCAAGAGUUUCUGUUCAAGUGUUCUUUUGUUACAUCAGUGGUUUUGCUUUUUGACUGUGGUUAUAAUUAUCUUUUUUUAUGGUUGCAUAGCUGUCAUCUAUCACCACUCAUCAUUUCCCCCGUGUGCUCAGGAGCCCCCUGGUGGCUGAACUUGCCUGAGCAGUUCCCAUUUAAACACUUUCCUUCCUUUCUUAAACAUCAGAGUUGCCUUGCAAGCUAUAAAGAUAAAUGUGCAUUUUUACAGAGGAAUGUUAAAAAUAUUUAAGCAAUAAAAAGUCAGCUUUGAUUCAAACCCCCCCCCCCCCCAACAAAAAAAAAACAUUACAAGAAAGGUAACACUACACAUUUUUGACGUGGCAUUCUUCAAUUUAAAGGAUCAACUUUGUCAAGGAAAAUGUAUUUAGUGUCUGCCAGGUUUAAAUGUUUUCUCCUCAACUGCAUGAGCACUCAACACAUUUUAAAUAUCAGUGUAAGAAAGCAGAGAUACUGCUGUUAAUCCUCAGUAUAACUUUAGUUGUGUUCUUCUCAGCUUUGAUGUUUUUGUUUUUGCAUGGCCUUAUAAGACAAAGAUACAGUGGUAUGAAGUUGAACCCGGGCUGGAUGUAACAUGUAGCUUUAAGGUUAAUCCAGUCUCCUCUGUCAGGCUCUCUGUUGAGUAGCAUCUCUUCUUUUCUGACUAACUGGUGCUCUGAUUCCAUCUGCUCAUGACCUGUGCUCAUAACCAUGCAAAAAAGAGACGGAUGAGAAGUGAAAGUCAAAAAGUCACUUUAAUCAGACAAAAUGUUGCCAGUGAGGGCAAUUGCAUGUACUGGGGUGAUGUUGCACAGUUUAUGCAUUGUGAAUUACUUGCACUUGUGUGAUAAAUUCACUGGAAAUUGCACUUGUUUUGAUGUAAAUCAGUACUUUUGUCAGUUGUGUAGUUCCAUUAAUUUUGUAUUUUUUCUUUAUCACUUCAUUGAGACUAAUAUAAGAUUGGUUCUGUGAACCAAAGCUAGUAUGUGGAAAAUAUUUUGAAAGUGUAAGAAUAAAUGAUUAAUUGCUGAACACAUUUCAACUGUGCCUUUUACGUUUGAAUAGAACAUGCAUGUUUAUAUGUAAAGAACAUCUGUUAACUUUUUCAUUGUCAUAAAAUAUGUACCAACUAGUA